AUGCUUGCAUGUAUAGCAGCCUCUAAUGGGAAAGCAUCAGGGCCUGUCAUAGUUGUGGACAACUACGACAGCUUCACAUACAAUCUUUGCCAGUACCUUGGAGACCUGGGAUGCGAACACAUCGUCUUGAAGAAUGAUGAGAAGACAGUGGAGGAGAUCCGGGAAAUGCAGCCUCGAGGCAUUCUUGUCUCACCAGGGCCAGGGCGGCCAGAGGAUUCUGGCAUCUCGCUGCAGAUAGUGCAGGAGCUGGGGCCAGAGCUGCCGGUGUUUGGAGUGUGUAUGGGCCACCAGUGCAUCGGCCAGGUGUUUGGCGGCAAUGUAGUGCGCGCUCCUGGGGGUGCCAUGCAUGGCAAGACUUCUCUGGUCUAUCACAACAAUACCAGCCUGCUUAAGGGCCUUCAAAACCCCUUCCAAGCAGCCAGGUAUCACAGCCUGGUCAUUGACAAGGACAGCUGCCCGGACGACCUGGAGGUGACUGCAUGGACUGAGGAUGGCGUCAUUAUGGGAGUCCAACACAAGCAGUUCCCUCACAUACAGGGCGUCCAGUUUCAUCCGGAGAGCGUGAUCACAUUUGAGGGGAAGACUAUUGUGCAAAAUUUUAUAGAUUGCUUGUGA